GGUGUGGCUCUUGCUAAUGGAAUUGAAAGAAAAGGCUUAGUUUUAUAACAAUUCUCUAUUUGCAUACAAACAGUUGCUGGCUCUCCUUUACUCCCUCCUUCUCUUCAUUUAUUAUAGGACAAUCCUUUGGGCCCGAUAAUGUCUCUAGGAAAAGAAAUUACAAUGACUGUCCCUUAUUCAAGCACCUCUGGCUAUGGGUUUCUCAUUGAUGGAAAUCGCAAGCCGCUACGUGUCUCGCUGGUUGAGAAAGACUCAACUUCACAAAUGGCCGGACUCAUGACUGGUGACCUACUACUAACAGUCAAUGGGCAUAAUGUUAAAGACUCAAUACUACAAACCGUCCAGUCCAUCAUUAGUUAUUCAACCGGCUCACCUCUUACGCUAAAAGUUGCCAGACCCCAGAUUAGCGAGAGCAAAGCUAAGGCUAACCAAACAAGUAGUCUUAAUGCUUAUCAAGCUGCUGUAGGUGAUGCUAUGCGUUCAGCUCAAAACGCUUUUGAUCUUUUAGGAUUAUCACCAUCAAAGAACAAGGACAGAGAAGAGAAAGAAAUCUCCAUUGAACUGGAUGCAAAUCCAAGCGAUAGUGACCAGUCCUUCCCUCCUUCUUCUCGAUCAGAGGACGACGAGAGAGAAGAGCUGGACGAGGACCCCAUCAUGGAUUUCACUCAUGGGUCGGACGAGUACACUCACGACUCUCAUGGUCAUUUUUCAGCUGCAAUGGUGGGUGGGAUUAUACGUGCCCAGCAAGCUUUACAAGGAAUUAAAGAUCUAUCGGCAUCAACAAAGCCUAAGACUACGCAGCCUAAGCCUCAAGUAUCUAGCGAAGCUAGUAUUGAGAUUGGUAGACGACCAUUGAAAGUGAAAGAGGUUUCAAAUGAAGCUCCCAUUCCUCCAGCAAAAGGUCAUGACCAAUCAGGAGUAAGGAUUGAGGUUAGUGUUGCUGAUGGUAAAGGAAGUGGAUCUGUUGUUGAAAAAGCACCAACUAGACAUGAAGAGGGUACUGAACCUCCUCCUUUCCCUCCUUCUCGGUCUAUUCCUCCUCCUGUCUCACCUCAGUCUCAGGUGCCAGUCAUUCAUCAAGACAUGAAGUCCCUACCUCAUCCUUCAAUGCCUCCUUCUGUCCCUCCUCAUUCUCCAUCUUCUUUUCCUCCUUCUCCUUCUCUUCCUCCAACUGUCCCUCCUCACUCUCCAUCUUCUUUUCCUCCUUCUCCUUCUCUUCCUCCAACUGUCCCUCCUCACUCUCCAUCUUCUCUACCUCCUUCUACUCUCCCUCCUCCUUCUCUCCCUCCUCCUUCUCUCCCUCCUCCUUCUCUUCCUCUUCUUUCCUCCUCUCAGUCCUCAUCAAAUGACCUGCUCUCCCCAUCCUCCAACCCUCCUCCCAUUCCUCCUUACAAUCCGGUAGUUCCUGACACGUUCCUCCUCAGCAAUCGUCCUGAGUAUCAGCUCCAAGUAAAGAAGCAGAUGCACUCGUACGAAGACGUCUCACUUCAGUUGAAGGCUUCACCUCAAGAUGAGGCUCCUCCCACUACCCCACCCACUUCUGGUGUUGUAUUGAGAAGCAAAGGGAGAGGUGCGGCUAAGAAGACGGUCGUAGAAGAUCUUGAAGUGGGUGGGGCUUCAGUUUCGACUCCUCCCCCUCCAGUUAUUGUGACUGAUUCUCCUCUUGAUCCAGUGAAGGCUUCAUUUGGUCUACCAGCUAGUGUUCAUACGUGGAAGAUAUCUCAUGUGCUAACAUGGCUGAGUCAGUUAAACUCAAGUCUCAGUGAGCUGUACAAUGAAUGCUUUACCCAGCAUAGCAUUACUGGUCACACUCUAUUACAUUUAAAUCAAAGCAAGCUCCAGUACAUUGGUAUUGACAAUAAAGAUCACAGAACUCUAUUGGGAAUGGCUGUUGCUAGAUUGAGGCUCCAUCAUGAACAGAAAGAACUGGAACGUCUGACUGGACAAGUGUCGUGGCUUUAAGAUUUAACCACAUCUUUUCCAUUAAACUUUAUUUAUCCAUUUUUAAUUCAUUAUAAUCCUUCAUCAAUACAUUUAUUGUUAUUAUUAUUAUUGUUAUCAUUAUUAUUGUUAUUAUUAUUAUUAUUCUUAGAAAUUGUUUAUUCUCUUUGAUCAUAAACUGAUUGUUAAAUUGACAUUUAUAUUUAACAUUUAUAUUGUAAACUGGCAUAUAAUAAAUAUAGUUGAUUUGUUAUUAUUAUUAUUUAAGAUAAAGAAUUCAAAUCUUUUGGUAGAUU